CUGACAGGUGAGAGUAACAGGAGUCAGGGAGCCCAGGUGACAGCGGAACUUCCGGUCCUGGAACAGUUGCUAUGGAGACGGGAGAGUUUACACCGAUUGUGCCCAAUCAGGCCCAGCGCCAAUGGGAGCCCUGGAACACAGACAGAGCCGGUAGUUGUGAGAAUAACCGCACAGGGCUGGCUGCCCCACCGCCCCACAGUCAGUACAAAGGGCGGGGCAGUGUAUGAGGCGUUCCGACUCGCUCUCCCUCUCUGCCUGAGUUUAUGCGGUUGCCAUGGAGAGUGAAGGGGGCGGGCCUUUAGCAACAAGCAGCUGCUCAGGAGCAACUUUUCAUGUGAGAGAGCCGUUUGUGCUGCCGUGCCGCACUAAAUGGUGUAAAGACAGAAUGAGCAGCAGGCCGAGCACUGUGCGGGUGUUUGUCCGGGUUAAACCAACACCGAAUUUUGCUCAUGAGAUCAUCAGAUUCGGGGAAGACAAUAAGACAGUAGAUAUCCACAUUAAGAAAGAUGACAGGCUCGGUGUUGUCAAUAACAAGCGCUCUGAUUGGUCUUUCAAAGUGGACGGGUUACUUCACAAUGCCUCACAAGACACCGUCUAUGAUACCGUGGCAAAGUCGGUUGUUUCCAAGGCACUUGAUGGAUACAAUGGUACAGUCAUGUGUUACGGUCAGACUGGAGCAGGAAAAACAUACACAAUCACUGGAGGGACAGAAAACUACCAACUCAGGGGCAUCAUCCCGAGAGCUUUGCAGCAGGUUUUUAAGGAGAUUGAAGGGAAGAGUGAUCAGUCUAUCACAGUGCGGAUUUCAUAUCUGGAAAUCUACAAUGAGACUCUUUACGACCUCCUUUCCACCGUGCCAGAUGCCCCAGCCCCUGACACACAGAUGACCAUAGUGGAUGAUGCCCAGGGAGUGAUUAUCAAAGGCUUAUCUCUACACCUCGCCUCCAAUGAGGAGCAGGCCUUGAACCUUCUUUUCGAGGGGGAGACAAAUCGAAUGAUUGGAUCCCACAUACUGAAUAAAAACUCAUCCAGGUCUCACUGUAUUUUCACCAUUCAUGUGGAGUCUCAUUCUAGAAUUAUAUCCGAUGCAAAAUAUACAAUCUCAAAAAUUAACCUGGUGGAUCUGGCAGGCUCAGAGCGACUGGGGAAAACUGGGUCUGAAGAGCAGGUCCUGAAGGAGACCACAUACAUCAACAAGUCUCUCUCCUUCCUGGAACAGACGAUAAUUGCCCUAACAGAUCGCAGCCGAGACCACAUCCCCUUCCGGCAGAGCAAACUCACCCAUGCACUCAAGGACUCCCUAGGAGGCAACUGUAACACAAUCCUUGUAGCCAACAUCUACGGAGAGGUCUCUCAGCUCAGCGAGACUCUCUCUACUCUACGCUUUGCCAGCAGGAUGAAAUGUAUCCCAGCCGAGUCUGUUGUGAUUGAGCACUACGAUCCUGUUCGAGUUGCGCGAAACUUGCAAAAAGAGAUUGACCAUCUAAGGCAGGAGCUGGCAGUUCGUGACACAUUGACCAACCACGCUCGCGUCAGUUACGAGCCUUUCAAUGAGAGCCAGAUUGCAGAAAUCAACGCUCAGGUUCGGCGCUAUUUAGAUGGCAAAGUGGAUGAGAUUGAUAUACUGAACCUAAGGCAAAUUCAGGAAAUUUUUAACCAGUUCAAGCUGAUUCUGAGUCAACAGGAAAAGGCGGCAGAAGCUCGACUGAGACAAAAAUACACGCUGAUAGACAAAACCGACUUUGUGACAGUCACAGCUGCUCAGAAGGCGGGACUUUUAGACGCAGACGGGCUGAUGGUGGGAGAAGUAGACGGGCACAGUUUUGGCAUUGGAGUUGCUCCUGUUUCAUCCAAGGCCAGCAGUUCUCUAUCUGCAAGAAAACCCAAAAGCAGAAAAUCAAAGGAACGGUCCAGUCCUGUGAGUCGGAAGGAAGGAGCGGGAAGUCCUGCCCCAGCCAAGGAACUAGAAGCCUUCUCUCCAUCAAAAUCCAAUUUGCUAACUGCUUCUGCCAGGGAGCUGGACCUUAAAGAGACAGUCAUCAAAGAGCAACCUGAGGUGGGAAGCCUGGAUCUACAGCCUGCAGAGUCGACAGUCAAGGAGGAGCGCAGUCUUUCCAGCUCUCCUCCCCCUAAACCGUCCGCUUUUGAAGACUUUAAAGCAGAACGAGGCAGCGAACUGAAUCGCAUCUUUAAGGAGAAUAAAGCCAUUCUUGCCGACCGGAAGCGAAAGCUGAAGGAUGUCACCCAGAGGAUAAACCUCAUAAAGAAAGAGAUGGACGACACUUCGCACACACUCAAUGUUGCCAAAGUGGAAAGAGAAAAGCAAGGGGAAUACAUUAACGAGGAAGGGCAGGUAAUCAUCGAUGAGCAGGAGUUCAUACUGAUCGUCCGGCUGAAGGACCUGAAGAAGCAAUACAGGGCAGAUUAUGAAGAGCUGCAGGACCUGAGGGCAGAGGUGCAAUAUUGCCAGAAACUGGUGGAUCAGUGCCGGCAGCGACUGCUAACAGAAUUCGAAGCUUGGUAUAACGAGUCCUUUGUCAUUCCGGAAGACAUGCAAACUUUAUUGAAGUUGGGGGGCAGUAUAAGGCCAGGACUGAUUCCAGCCAAUAAGCUCCUGGAACUGGGGGAGGAUGAGCAGGAGAGGUUGGAAAGGCUGCAGCAGGAACUGCUGAUGGAGGUCCCUGGCUCCCUCCCUUUCCACAAUGCCAGAAGCAACGUAGAGAAAAAGUACAAGUACAGCAGAGCCGCGGCACAGAUCACUCCAUCCAAAAAGAAGCCCAGUUUGAUAACAAGCACGGUAAAGAACAAACCUCCCUCCAUGUUAUCGGCUGCGUAGGAGCCCAGCAGAUCUACCUUCCUCUCGAUCUAAUUACUGCACUGGCUGGCCUCCUAAUCCCCUGUGCCUGAUACAUGCCACUUACACCGGCCUCAGCUCUGAAAUAAAGGAUUUGGGAAUGUUCCA